AGCUCAUAAAUAGUCAAGGGUGUAAGAGAGAGAGAGAGAGAGAGAGAGGAGAAGUUAGCGGAUAAAAGGAGGAUAAAAGGAAGAGAGAAAUGAAUAUGGGUUUUUGUUGGGGUCUUCUCCAACAAGAAGUACUUGUUUAACCAGACAAAAUGUCUUUGAGAUAAAAGUUAUAUUGUUUCAAAAGCCAAGGGUGUCUCUUGCUUCUUUCAAAACACUAUCCCUUGUAUUAUCCUUCCUUCACAGUUUUCUUUCUUUCCAAUUAUUUUCUCUCGCUUUUUUUUUUUUUUUUUUUUCUCCUUUGGUCUGAAUAUUCUUGGAACAAUGGAAGGAGAACAAGUACUACUGAAAUCUACAGCAAAUGAACAGAGAAGAAGGUUCAAAAGAAUAUGUGUUUUCUGUGGUAGCAGAGUAGGCUAUAAGUCUGUAUUUGGUGAUGCAGCUCUUGAGCUUGGUAAAUUGCUGGUUGAGAGAAAGAUUGAUUUGGUUUAUGGUGGAGGAAGUGUAGGUCUAAUGGGUUUGAUCUCUCAAACUGUCUUUAAUGGAGGUUGUCAUGUUCUUGGAGUGAUUCCUAAAGCUCUUUUGCCUCAUGAGAUAUCAGGAGAGACUGUUGGUCAAUUGAAAACAGUUGCUGACAUGCACCAAAGGAAGUCAGAAAUGGAAAAACAUGCUGAUGCAUUCAUUGCACUUCCUGGUGGUUAUGGAACCAUGGAAGAGUUGUUAGAGAUGAUAACAUGGUCUCAGCUAGGGAUUCAUGACAAACCAGUGGGGGUGUUGAAUGUAGAUGGGUAUUACAACAGUUUGCUUGACUUAUUUGAUAAAGGAGUAGAUGAAGGUUUUAUAGACAGUUCUGCAAGACAUAUUCUGGUUAUAGCAAACACAGCAGAAGAUCUUCUCAAGAAAAUGGAGGACUAUGAACCUGUUCAUGACAAGGUUGCACCCAGACAAAGUUGGGAAGAGGACCUAUUAUUAGAGUCUACUCAAAGUGGGGAAGCUCUAGGAUCUUAGAUCUCUACCAUCCAUUUAUAUUAAAAAAACAAUAUAUAUGUAUUUAAAUAUUUAUAUAUUAUAACUUAAAUUUGGUGCAGUUCCAUGUUGAUCAAAAAGAAAAAGACGGCAAAUGAUAACCAAAAAUCUUCUUCUCUCUCUUUCUGUUGUGGGGAAAAAUUAUGGAAGAUCCUACUCACCCUAUUGUAUUUUUCAUGAUGGCAUGGAUGUUGCAGUUCUAUUAAAAACUCCAAUUGAAUAUUAAGAA